GAUGGCGACAGAUUGAGGGGGGAUGGAAAACAGGAGACACCGAUCCAGGAUGAUCAGGAACGGGAAAAACGUUGCCCACCAAAAAAGAAAGAGGAAAGCAGAGUGAUUGUGUGUGCAGGGGAGGGCAGAGGCAGGCAGGAGAGAGGAGAGGAGGCGAGGCACCCCGGCAGGAUGAGGAUGAGGAGGGCCAAGCGCUGACUGUGGGGAGAAGGGGUAUGCUUCUGCCUGGCUCCGCUCUGGGCUGAGGGGCUCGCUGUAUGGACUGGCAUUGGCGAACAGCAGCCUGGACAUGUUGAGGACCGUGGCGCUGAUUUUUCCUCCCGCAGCAACAUGCAAUGGCUGGUGGUAGUAUUUAGCAGCCCAGGAGGAGGUGGAGGUGGUGGAGGAGGGGAAGGCACUUCCUUGUUUCUAACCAUGAGAAUGAUGCCUAUCAUCACACCAUGCUUCAGAGGAGGUAGGUGACAUUGUUGGGGGGAGUCUAUAAGAGGAGAGGAGCAAAGAGAACCACACCGGAGACCGCAGUAGCCCCCCCACUCAGCCCCUAAAAUAUGAUCAGGGGGACUUGGAUGUAUCCAAGAGAAGAUGACGCUGUGUUAAAAAUUUGUUGUGCACCAAGACAAAACGACAAACCCUGCGCUGAUUCCGAGAGGGCACAGAAAUGGCGAAUGUCUCUGGCAUCCCUUCUAUUUUUCACUGUCCUCCUCUCUGAUCAUCUGUGGCUCUGUGCUGGAGCCAAGCUCAGAUCCAAGGAUAGGAGCUUAGCCAUGCAGACGCCUUGGGGGGACGCAAGCCAGCGCGCCUUCCAGCCACAUUUCCUACUGACAGGGGAUCAACAGUCACAGGAGGGGAGGUGUGAGAUUUUUUUAAGCAAUUUGACCAAAUUUGCUGCUCCGAUCCCAUAUUGCACUGGUGCCUGGGGUCAUUUCGAUCUGGACUCAGCUUGCACCAAAUUGUAUUCCUUGCAGCGACUUUUGGGCUCUUUCCCUUCUGUACCCUUAAGGCCACCCCCCUCCUCCUCCUCCUCUUCAUCAGCCUCUUUUUUUUCCUCUUCCUCCUCCAAAAUAAACUUCUUAAAGGCUUAUUUUAGGAACUUCAACCUCUCUUUUUGUGAUACUUACACGAUCUGGGACCUGCUGCUGGGUAUGGCCGGCCCAGACAGCUUGGAUUGCAGUUUGGACAACCUGGUGGUGGAUUUCGUGGCUGCUGCAGCCGGUGCUCUGGACGGAGAGGCGUGUAGCAGCUGCGUCCAGGCUUAUCAGAGGCUGGACCAACACGCUCAGGAAAAAUAUGAGGAGUUUGACCUCUUGCUGGAGAAAUACUUGCAAUCAGAAGAGUAUUCAGUUAGAUCCUGCAUAAGAGACUGCAAGGCUGUCUACAAGGCCUGGCUGUGCUCCGAGUAUUUCAAUGUGACACAACAACAGUGCCAACACCGGAUUCCAUGCAAGCAAUACUGCCUGGAGGUGCAGACCAGGUGCCCUUUUGUGUUACCUGACAAUGACGAGCUGAUCUAUGGAGGGUUGCCUGGUUUCAUCUGUACGGGGUUGCUAGAGAACCAAUUAUCCAAUGAGGAAGCAAAGUGCUGCGAUGUGCAAUGGGACUCUUGUGACCACCCACCAGACAGCAACUACAAUGCGUCCCCCAAAUCCACAGAGUCGGAGUCAUUCCAUUACCACGGUCAUGACCCCCACCUUCAUCACUACCAGCAGCAUCACUAUCACCUCUACCACCACCACCAGUACCACCAACCCCACCCACCAUCUUUGCUGCCUGUCUCCGCAGGGUCUCGCCUCAGCAACAGCAAAAUCAGACUGUGCGUCCUGGUCCUUAUGCUUCUCCACACCAUGGUGUCCUUCUCAAGCGUGCACAGCAGUGAGGGGACUACCAGCAGGGGGCUGAGCUAUGAGGCCCUGCCUGCCAUGGAUGAGAGCAUAACACGAGAUGAGUGACCCAGAGGGGAAAGGAAAUGUCCAAGCAGAGUGCUGGCUCUUUUCCUGCCAAGGGGGGCACAUGCUAUUCCUCCAAUGGGAGGCACAGGAUUGGGGGUGAUGCACACACACACCCCUACCCACACCCCCAAGAGCUGCUCGCCACGGGGCAUCCCCGUGAUGAAGAGUCUUUAAUGCGCACAGGGCUGCAGGACUCAGCUUUGAGAAGGGUUCAGUUAUCAACAGCCUUUCAGCUGUGUGCAUCCUGCUUGGGAGAGGCUCUGAGAGCUAGCGCAAAGAGGUAUAGAAAAGAGGACGGCGGCUGGGAUGGGAGAGGGUCCCUUUGAAAGAGUUCUCCCCAUGGAAAUGCCACUACUCUCCCUGCCACCUAUGAGGUGUCUCAUGUGGUGCCCCUAUUUUUUCUACCAACUGGAAAAUUCAGUGCUAUGGGUUCAAGAAAUUGGUUUAUCCACUAUUCCUCCCCUCACCCAAUCUUUAAACCUCACCAUUGUAUAUCACCAAAGCUGCUGGGUGGCAUAUACAGCAACUCAAACACCUCAAAACAGACCCCAGCUGACUUCUCAGCACACCUCUCACCGCUGAGGGACAGUCUUGGCUCCUUAGUGUGACCUGGUGACCCCUCUCUCUGGGCAGCCUGGUAUUAGGCUCACUCUCUUGCCAACAGACAAGAUCCAUUUCUAAGGCUAAGUUGUUGGGGUGGAAGAUGUAUUACACAGCAUUGUGUGUCCCAUUUGGGGUUGUGUUUCUUACCUCAGUCAGCCCUUCCUCGUCUGUGCCACUCUUGUCCUUCAAUAUACUGAAUAUAAAGAACAUCCCCUGUGGAUGUUGUCAGUGAGUAGAGAGAUGGAUGUAGUACGGGAUGGAACAGAAAAUUAUAUUUCCAGAGUUCUUAACACUUGACUCCCCAAUGUGUCCCCAGAAUUUUCUUGAAGUCUCGUACUUUGUUUUCUCCAACAACUUGUUUGAGUUUGGAGAGGGCAGCAGUUAGGGAAACAAGAAUCUGGAAGAGGCCGAUGGCACAUACUUAGUGCUUAGGCUGAGGGAGUUAGAAGUGUCAUAUCACAGUGAGCAGCUCUGCAGGGGCAGAGCUGACUGCACUCGUUUGCCAUGGGGCCAGGGAUGGUAACAAAUAGAUAAAAAGCCCCAACUUGCACCCUCUAAAGUUUCCCAGUUACAAACUCUUACAGCAUGUGGGAAGAAGACUGGAGAAAUCCAGCCCAUAGGGGAAUAGUUUCCCAAAUAAAAUGCCACUAGCUAAUAAGGCACAGGUGAAGAAGAGAGGUUUCAUGUGCACUAUGUACAGCACUGAUCAUAUGACUCCUGGAAGUCCUGCUGGAACAGCCACACUCAGCCUGGCAAGAUCUUGAUUGACAACAGCUUAGAUUGACUCACCUUU